AUGAAAGUUUACUUUUUAUUUUUUCUCUUUUUACUUUUUUGUAAUACUUUUUAUGCUUCCAUAUUGGAAUCAAUAAAGCAUGACCUUCAAAUAGUAAAUAAUCAAAAUUUCAACACAAUUGUAAAUAAAUUCAGAAAUGAAAAGGUUUUUGUGAUUUUAUUUUUCAAAAAAACAAAUAAAAAUAUAAAAAACAUUAUUAAAGAUUACAAUGAUGUUGCAAUAAAAUAUAAAGGGAUUAUAACAUUUUGUAUAGCUGAUUGUGAUACUAAUUCCUCUUUAUGUGAAAAUGAGUUGUCUCUCUACGUGCCUAAUUAUAAGACUAGUGAUUCACAUUAUUUUUUAGUAUAUCCAGUUAACCCAAUGCCUAAAUUUUUAUUUAAUGAAGAAGUUACUGAAAGUAAUAUAAAAAAAUAUACUUAUUUAAUUCCAUCGAAAAUAGAAAUAAUUAAAGAUGAAAAAGACUUAAAUGUUUUUAUUUCAAAACAUGAAAAUAUGCCAAAAGUUUUAAUUUUUAGUAACAAAAAAAAACCAAACUAUGUUUUAAAUGCUUUGAGCAAUAGUUUUAAUAAAAAAUUGAUGUUUUGUUAUAUUAACAAUGAAAUGCAAGAUUUAGUUAAAAAAUAUAAUAUUAAAAAUUUUCCAAGUAUAAUUAUUUUAAAAAAAAAUAAGGUAAUAGAUACUUAUAAGGGAAAACAUACUUAUAUUAAUAUUUUUGACUGGCUAAAUAUACAUUCAGAAACGUUUGUUCUUGGUGGUGGUUUUGAUAUUUCUCCAGAUAAAUCAGAUGAAAAACCAUGGAAAUUUGAAUUGAUUCCAAAAUUUACAAAAUUAUCUCAUGGAGAUAUUUGUUUUAAAAAAGCAGACAAAGGGUUGUGUUUAAUUUAUUUAAAAGAAGGAGAAAAAUUAGAAAAAAGUGAAAUUGAUAUGCUUCUUUCUUUAAAAGAAAAAUAUAAACCACAUAUAGAUGGGAGAGGAAUUAAUUUUAGAUUUAUGUGGAUAGAUAUAGCUAUGGAAACAAAUUUUCGAUCGCUUUUUGAAUUUAAUAAAUAUCCAUCUGUUGUUGUUUUUAAUCCUUACAAGAGAAUUAGAUAUGCAAAACUAAAUGAAGAUUUAAUUGCUACUCAAGAAAAUAUUGAAAAACUAUUAGAAAAAAUAUCAGGUGGGGAUGCAAAAUUUACUAUGUUGAAAGGACAGGUAUUACCAGAAUUUAUUCAAGACAAUGAAAAUAAUAAAACAAAUGAAAAGGAUGAAUUAUAA